AUUUGUGUCGUUUUGGCGGGGUUUACAGUUUGUUGUUUGCUAGGUUAACUUUCUUUCGCUCUGCGCUAAAGAAAAAUGGAGCGUGGAAGACUGAGUAGGGCCACAGCAAGCAGGCCUUCAGAACUGCCAAUGCGAGUGCAAGACAGCAACAGGAUGAGCACGGCGUACACAACACCCCGCAGCAAACAGCCUUCAUUUGGAAAGCUCAGCAUAGCCAAACAACAGUCUGGGACAUCUGAGAGGAGGACAAGCUUUUUUGGUCCACGCAUGAGUGGAGCCAGCAUGCCACGCUCAAGCACCAUGUCUGGCUUUGGAGGAACUGAGAAGAUCAAAGACGCUCGACCGCUACAUGACAAGUCUUUUGUGCAGCAGUGUAUAAGACAGCUGCAUGAGUUUAUGACAGAGCACGGCUACCCGGGCCCCUUGUCCCCCAAGACCCUCCAGUCACCUUCCACCAAAGAGUUUGUCAAGAUGUUUGAGUUCAUCUACCGCCAGCUGGACCCCACUUUCGAAAUGCCCAACUCCAAAGUGGAGGAGGAGGUUCCUGCUCUGCUCAAGGGCCUGGGAUAUCCCUUUGUCCUCUCCAAGUGCUCCAUGUACUCUGUUGGUGCCCCCCAUACAUGGCCUCAGGCUCUGGGUGCUCUCAUGUGGUUGAUUGACACCGUCAAGAUCUACUGGAACCUGAGCAAGCAGGACUUGCUCUUCAGUGACUUCCGUGAGGACAGCGACAGCGUUGAAGAGGAGUACAACAAGCUCUUGCAUGAUUACACAGCCGAGACGUACGCCAAAUUCAUGCAGGGUGUCGACACCUUUGAGGAUGACGACGAGAUUUUUCUCAGUAAACUGAAGAAGCUGUACAAUGUUGAUGACGACCUGCUGAACUCCAUGGAGGAGAAGAACAGGAUACUGACUGAAGAGAUUGAAAGGCUAGAGAAAGAGAGCCAAAAGGACCGUCUAACGAGCAAGAGGAUGGAGAAGAUGAAGCUGCAGUGUGACCUCAAGAAGCUUCAGGACUAUCGCAGUAAUCUGGAGUCCUUCGAAAAUAACUUGCAGGCCAAAGCCUCAGAGCUGACUGAUGAGCUGAACCACGCUGCCAGCUCUCUGGAGCUCCUCAAACAAGAGAAGGUGGAUCUGCAAAACAUCUUGCAGGACCAGAAGUUCACGCCGGCUGACGUGGAGAGGAUCAACCGAGAGAAGAGGGAGCUCCAACAGACCAUUGCCAGCCUCAGCAAGGCUCUGGAAAAUGCCGAGCAGCACAAAUGGAAUGAGGAGAUUGAGCUGGCUAAAAUUAAAGAGAAGGCCGACUUGAAGCUGGCCGAGUACCACAAGCUGGCCCGUAAACUCAAGUUGAUACCGGUGUCUGCGGAGAACGCUGGCGGCCGCGACUUUGAGCUCAGGCCGUUUGAAUGCGGACCCGGGAACAUCCAGCGUAUGACACAAACACAGAAUCUCCUCAGAAAGCUGGUCAGUGACGUGGAGGAGGAGAACAGUCGACUGGCCAACAUGAAGCUCAGCCUGCAGGAGACUUGUGAACAGCUGAACUCGGACAUCUUGGACAAGAACAAUGACCUGAAGCAGCUGAGAGAGCAGAUCCGCAAGGUGGAUGAACGCUUGGAUUCUGACCAGCAGGAGCUGGCCAGAGAGGAGCAGGGCUGGGCGGCCGAGGUCGAGGCGGCCGAGAACCAUUGCAAACUCCUGGAGAAGAAGGUGAACUGUGGCUACGAUGAAGCCGUGCAGCAGCAGAAGGUGGCUCAGCAACAGUACCACAUUGUGCUGCAGGAGACCAAUGAGGAGAGACGAACCGUGGCCAACAACCUCGCAUCCGUGUUUACCAUAGCAGCCGACCACUUGUCCGUCACAGAGAAGUGUCUGGAGGAGCUGCACGGCCGAGUGCACCGUCAGUGCUCCAAGGCCGUGGAGGAUGAUGAGGCCGUCGUGCAGAAGGUGAGGGAAACCUUGGCGGACUUCAAGUCUAAGGCAAAACGUUGUUAAUUGCAACAGCAGCCUGGAAGAACUUCAAAGCCACAUGAAGAUAUUGUUGUUGUUCAGUUUAGUGCAGGCCAAAUGCCUUAUUCUAGUAAUCUCAUGUUUAAAGUUCUUAAUAUUUGUGUGUUGUGUUAACAUUCUUGUUUAUUAUAUACAUGUGUUCAAAUAUGUAAUAAAUUUUUUGUUAAACUAUC